AAAAAAAAAAAAAAAAAAAGAAUUGUCUAAACCCUUUCCCUCGAAUCUCAACACCCACCAAAACCUCGUGUAAGAAGCAAAGCCGUUCAGCGUCGAGAAAAUCUCCCCCACCCUCCUACAUCGCCGGCGGCAGCAGCCCACUUCUAUCUCCGGUGGGUGAGCGUCUUCACACCAACUUCUCCAUAUCUGGUGGCGAGCUGCAGCUCGGGGGUGUUGGCGGCGCGGUUCUUUGUCUCCGUUCAUCACUCUCCUCCAACUUCAAUCUCUCACGAACAAUUGUAAGAAGACAGAAGUUAUAGCAGCCAAGAUGGGUGUGAAACGGGAAAGCGUAACUCCUGCAUCAAUAGUGCCUCCAGUUGAUCAGGAGAUCUCUGAUGAGUUAGAAGUUAAAGUGAAGAAGUAUCUUAGAGGAGAAGGCACUAAUUUGGAGGUCUUGCAAGAUAAGAAACUGAAGGGCCAACUUGCUAUUAGAGAAGAAUUGUAUGGAAAAUCAGCAAAAGCUGCCGCAAAGGCUGAGAAGUGGCUUAUGCCAAGUGAAGGAGGUUAUUUGGAGGCAGAAGGUAUCGAGAAGACAUGGACGAUCAAACAGGAAGCACUUGCUCGUGAAGUAGAUGUCUUAAGCACUAGGAGUCAGUAUGAUAUUGUUUUACCAGAUCUUGGUCCAUACAGAAUGGAUUUUACUCCAAGUGGUAGAUACAUGGCUGUUGGUGGACAGAAAGGCCAUCUAGCCAUUAUGGACAUGAGGAAUAUGAACCUAAUCAAAGAGUUUCAGGUUAGAGAAACAGUACGUGACGUGGUGUUCUUGCACAAUGAAUUGUUCUUUGCUGCAGCCCAGAAAAAGUAUCCAUACAUCUAUAACAGGGAUGGCACAGAACUUCACUGCUUAAAGGAACAUGGUGCAGUUUUAAGGCUUCAGUUUCUGAAAAACCACUUCCUUCUGGCAUCCAUAAACAAAUUUGGGCAGCUUCAUUAUCAGGAUGUUACUAUGGGUGAGAUGAUAGGCAAUUAUAGGACGGGCAUGGGUCGUACCAAUGUGAUGCAGGUGAAUCCAUUCAAUGGGGUGGUUGCAUUGGGUCAUUCAGGUGGUACAGUUAGCAUGUGGAAGCCUACAAGUGCUGCUCCUCUUCUCAAGAUGCUGUGUCAUCGUGGGCCCAUCUCAGCAUUGGCAUUCCACCCUAAUGGCCAUAUCAUGGCGACAGCUGGGAAGGAGAAGAAAAUUAAACUUUGGGACUUGAGAAAACUUGAUUCUGAGCUUCAAGAUAUACAUGGCCAUGCGAACACCUUAGAUUUCAGUCAGAAAGGUUUGCUAGCUCGCGGAACUGGAUCAUUUGUACAGAUCCUCAGUGACUUCUCAAGUACUCAAAACUAUAGCAGAUAUAUGAGCCAUUCAAUGGCAAAAGGCUAUCAGAUAGGAAAAGUGUUGUUUCGACCCUACGAAGAUGUUUUGUGCAUAGGGCACUCAAUGGGAUGGUCUAGUAUUCUUAUUCCUGGUUCUGGAGAGCCAAACUUCGAUUCAUGGGUGGCAAACCCAUUCGAAACAUCUAAACAGCGGAGAGAGAAGGAAGUACACUCUCUUCUUGACAAGCUCCCACCUGAGACGAUUAUGUUGAAUCCGACAAAGAUUGGUACAGUGAAGCCAGCAAGGAAGAAAGAGAAGCCAUCAAAGGAGGAAAGGGAUGCAGAGAUGGAAGCUGCAAUCGAAGCUGUCAAGGGCACUGCCUUGAAGAAGAAAACCAAGGGGAGAAAUCAACCAAGUAAAAGAGCAGUGAAGAGAAAAGAGAUGGUUGCCAAAGCCAGAAGGCCUUUCUUGGAGCAACAGAAAAGUGAAGAGGAACAAUUGGCUAGAAAGAAGCAGAAAAUAAGUGAGGAAGUUCAAUUACCGAAAUCUUUGCAGCGGUUUGCUAGAAAAAAAGCAUCAGCAUGAUUACUGUUUUUAGUCUACCUUUUUUUUUUCUUUUCUUUUUUUUUUUUUCUCUCUUUCUGUAUAAUUUAUAUUUAUAUUUUUCUUCCAUUUUGUCCCCUCUUAGAUGUAUUCUAAAAUUUUGUUUCCUUGGUUUAAAAAACAAUUAAAUUUCCUCUGUAUUUGUUUCUU